ACCUGGUAAGCAGCAUCCGCAGGGUGCCGCCGGCCGCUGCGCCCGAGGGCGACGCCGCCCCUAGCGCCAGGCCCGCCCCUCCGCCUGCACACGCCACCUCCCCGCCUCCCCCCCGCUCCCCCUCCAGCCCGUCCCCGUCUCCCCCCCAGACACGCAAACAAGAAAUCAUCAAGAUCACCGAGCAGCUGAUUGAGGCCAUCAACAACGGAGACUUCGAGGCGUACGCUAAGAUCUGCGACGCCGGUCUGACUUCCUUUGAGCCGGAGGCGCUGGGCAACCUGGUCGAGGGGAUGGAUUUCCACAGAUUCUACUUCGAGAACCUUUUGGCAAAGAACAGCAAGCCCAUCCACACCACCAUCCUGAACCCCCACGUCCACCUGAUCGGCGAGGACGCCGCCUGCAUCGCUUACAUCCGCCUGACCCAGUACGUGGACAACCAGGGCCGGCCGCGCUCCAGCCAGUCGGAGGAGACGCGCGUCUGGCAGCGCAGGGACGGCAAGUGGCAGAACAUCCACUUCCACUGCUCAGGCGCUCCGGCCGCGCCGCUCCAGUGAGGGUCGAAUGCUCUAGCUUCUUCUGCCAGGGGGGUGAGGGCAGGAGGAGGAGGAGGGGAGAGGAGGAGGAAGGGAUGGUUCGGGCACAGACCCCCCCCUCCAUCAACAGACCCUCCCACACGGGACACUCGGCUCAACCCCCAGCAUGCAUCACUUCUUCUACCGCCACCGUCUGUCACGCCCUCAGCGGCUUCGUCGUCCUUCCUCUUCUUCCCUGCGGCCCACCGCGUUGACCGGCGAGGGGGUCUUUAGGGGUCGUGGUUGCGCCCGGCGUCCCGGUGUGGUUCCUUCUUCUCGUGGUCUCUUCAUCUCUUCCCCCCGCAGGUCAUGUGACACCGACCCUCCCGUCCCCCCACCGUCAAUCCACACUUGUGUGACAUAAACACUGCACUGGAAAUACAACAUGUAAAGUUUUAAGUCAAAUCUAUUAUCAUUACUCUAUUAAUAUUAUUAUUAUUAUUAUUAUUACACAUUUGCAAUUGUAUAUGUAAUGUUAUAUAAUUCUAACUUCUUGAUGCCGGUGGUUCCUAGAGUUGAAUGAAAUCCUUUUUUUUUUGUUUUUCUCUUUAUCUUUUUAAGGAAGCAUGUUUUUUCCCAUAUUAUCAGUGGCUGUUUUUUUAUUGUGGCUAUAUAGUGGAUAUGAUAUUGGCAGUUUUUGUAAUUUGCUUCUUCUAUGUGAGCUGUAAUACUUCGCCUGAACUCGAGUUCAACACGGUAUUGUUUGUUUUGGGGUUUUCUUUUUCUUAUUUUUUUCAAGGCUUAUGUCUGAACGUAUUACUUGUGGAUGUUGAGAGGAAGUGUGUGUGUGUGUGUGUGUGUGCGUGUGCGUGUGCGUGUGUGUUAUGGCGGCCGUGGAAGAGGUUAGCUCAGCUCAGUGUCUCCAAGCCUCCAAGACAUCAAUGUUUCAAACAUUCAAAGCGAACGGCUUACACCUUAAUAGGCGCUUUAUCGUAUAUGUGCUUUUCCAUCCUCAAGGUCGACGCACACAUGAUGAAAUGAACGCACCCUGAAUGUUGAGACCAAAGAGGAGAGAUCACAGGCUGCUUCGUUUGAUGCUUCACUGAGGUAUUUUGAGGGUGCUUUGAGCACAUGGAAGCCUCUGACUCUACAGAAGAAAGAUCUUGUAAAGGCACAUUUGUGACUCUUAAAUGAAGCGGAGGCCACAAAAGGCUGCGUGGACACAAGCAACAGCACGGUUUUAAAAUAAACUCAGGAUUAGAUUUAGUUCUAAACAGGUUGAACUGGACACUGAGAAGAUGUUAAUCCGCUCUACUCUUUUUAAUUGAAGAACUUUAAAUACGCAAACCACAGCUGAUUUUUUAAUUAACCCAAAAUACUCUUUUAAAAAAAAAAUAAUAAUAUUCUAUUAAUUUUUUUCCAGUCAUUUAAACACAAACAAAUGAGAAAUUAGUAAAAAAAAACUGAUAUUAAAAAGUUUCUUGAUCUGACAUUUUUUGUUAAUAAAGAAAAGUAUCUUACUCUAUAACAUCAAAUGAGCUUGUUAUAAUGAGAAUAUUUUCCCCUUAACAGAAACCGAUCCCGAUGCCUUGCUCAAAGUACCACUGAUAUAGCACGCUCUUUCUGUUUGUGCACACCACGGGCUGCAGAACCAGAGGUGCUCGGGGCGGUCGGGGGAACGCGCCGUCGGUGGCUGCUUCUGUUGCUAGGCGACAGCUGAAAACCUGCUCGGAGCCCAGUGAGCUCUCCUUAGAAGUUGUGAUAUUUUUAGCUCGCUAAAAUGUCGAUGCUGUCUGGAACCUUU